AUGGAAGAAGUAAAUCAAACCACAGUGACUGAGUUCAUCCUCACUGGGUUAACAGAGAACCCAGUGCUCCAAUUGCCCCUAUUCCUUGUCUUCCUAGGAGUCUAUUUGGUUACAGUUGUGGGAAACAUGGGCAUGGUCAUCUUGAUUCUGUUUAGUUCUCAGCUGCACACACCCAUGUAUUAUUUUCUCAGCAGUCUGUCCUUUAUUGACUGCUGUCAGUCCACUGUCAUUACUCCCAAAAUGCUGGUGAACUUUGUGACAGAGAAGAAUGUCAUCCCCUACCCAGAAUGCAUUGCUCAGUUCUACUUCUUUUGUGCUUUUGCUGUUGCAGAAUGUCACAUGUUGGCUGUAAUGGCAUAUGACCGCUAUGUGGCUAUCUCUAAUCCUUUGCUUUACAAAGUAACCAUGCCCUAUCAGGUCUGUUUUUGGAUGAUAGCUGGGGUAUAUGGUAUGGGCUUACUAAGUGCCACAGUUCACACUGUUUUUCUGCUAAGAGUGUUUUUCUGUAAGGCUAAUAUAAUAAACCAUUACUUCUGUGAUCUUUUUCCAUUACUAGAGCUCUCUUGUUCUGGUACUUUUAUCAAUGAGGUACUAGCACUGUCCUUCAGUGCAUUUAACAUUAUUGUACCAGUUAUGACCAUCGUUAGCUCUUACAUCUUCAUCAUUGUUAGCAUCCUCCACAUUCAAUCCACUGGGGGCAGAUCCAAGGCCUUCAGCACCUGCAGCUCCCACAUCUUGGCUGUUGUUGUCUUUUAUGGAUCAUUAGCUUUCAUGUACCUUCAGCCAUCAUCAGUCAGCUCCCUGCUCCAAGGAAAACUGUCAUCCAUGUUUUAUACCAUUGUUGUGCCUAUGUUGAAUCCCAUGAUCUAUAGCCUGAGAAAUAAAGACGUCAUAGUUGCCCUAAAAAAGUUACUAGAAAACAUAACUUUCUUCUUAACAAAGAAUCAUUUUCCUUAG